UGAUAUCUAGAAUUCACACCAAUUAUAACUCUUAUAUGGUAUCAGAGCCCUAGAAUUAUUUUUUUUUCUAGUUUGAUCCUUUCUCUGCCGGUUCCCUUUCCAUUGGCUGCAACAUGGCAUACGCCAUCACCAAAGAUACACUUGUCCUCCAACUCCAUGCGAAGACACAUUUUCCGAUCAAACUGAUCACCACAAAUUUUCCGAUCUGGCAGCGUCAAGUUCGCUCCACUCUCAUUGGCUUCAAUCUCCUGGGCUACGUUGAUGGAACACUCACUGCUCCUCCAACGACCGUUGACGGCUCCGCUAACCCAUGUUACUUAAUCUGGUUUCGUCAAGAUCAAUCCAUCGUCGGUGCUCUCUUGGGUAGCUGCACUAACACCAUUCAGCCGCUCAUCUCCAAUGUUGACACGGCUCGUGAAGCGUGGCUCAAUCUUCACUCCAGUUUUGCAAGUGCGAGUCGCAGUCACAUUUUAGCUCUCAAGUCUAAACUUGGGAAGAAUCCGCGUGGUGCUCGGUCCAUUAAUGAGUAUCUCCAUGACAUGCACUCCAUUGCAAAUGAGCUUGCCCUUAAUCAAAGUCCCGUUGAGGAAGAGGAUCUUGUGUCGCAUGUUCUCAAUCAGCUCGGUUCGGAGUACGAUCCUAUUGCCUCCGCUGCUUUCAUCCGUGGCUCCAAACUUCCGUUUCCCAAACUUGGUGACAUUUUGCGUGAUUUUGAACGCAAAUUAAAACUCACAGAUGAUGUCUCUUCCAGCGUGGUGGCUACUGCCAAUGCCACUCAGCGCUAUCCCCCCGCUGGUCAGCAUGGCCAUGGUGGUAAUGCGUCUGGGCAGCCCGCAAAUCCUUCUCGUUCCUACGGCCAUCAACGUUCCUCUCCCGGUGGGGCUUUCAAGCAAUCUCGCCGACAAGACGGGUCAGCUGCGGCGUGUCACUUCUGCGCCAUUCCCGGACAUGACAUUAAGGAUCUGACAACGGGGGCGCCUCUUCUUCACGGUCUAUUCCUGUUCGUCCACCGGAAGUGAAUCACAUUGGUUUGUCUGAUCUCCAUCAUGCGUUUGGGCAUCCUUCCAAUAAAGUCUUGUCCCAAAUGUUACCAUAUUGUAAUAAACAAGUGUCUAAACU